GUCAUCACACUGAUAGCACGCGCGGCUGGCGGGAAAUACUGGAUUAUGAACGUCGAUUUAAUGGUGUUGGUUUUUGUUAUCAAACUAGCUAUGUUGGGAUAAGUUUAAUAUAAAUGCGUUUUUUUCAUCUUGUUAAUGUUCCGGGGCCUCGCUAUCUGACAGGGAAAUGGUUCAAAUAGUCAUAAGAUCCAGUGUGGAUGGCAGCAGUCCUCCAGAAUGGCUGCUGGUGGAGCUGCAGGGAGAGAUGGUUUCCAGACACAACUCUGGUCUGGCAGGAAAUGUGAUGGGAGACCUGAUGUACACCAAAGAGGGGGUGCCAGUGCUUAUUGUUGGACAUCAUAUUCUAUAUGGGAAGCAGGUCAAACUGGAGAAACCCUUUGCUGUCCUCACCAAGCAUUCCAGCCUUUUGCAGGAUAGCCUGGGCAGCCAUGACAAUGAUGAUGUCACACAGGUACCUAUGGAAACAAACCAGCAAGGACCCACCUCCACCUCCUACUCCGUGUCGGCCCUCAUCAAACAGAAGCUGAUCUUUAAGACGCGCCCAAAACCCAUCAUCACUAACGUACCCAAGAAGGUUUAGCAUGACUGCAACUUCCUCACUGGGUCAGAGAUGCGGUAUUAUGGGACCCACGCAACUUUGAGGCAAGGCCCGCCCUUGAAUAGCAUUCACACACUACUAUUGGCCAGGCGUCCAUGUUUACUCUAGGUAACGUAACUUGAUUUGUUCAGGACCUUUCCCCUGACCUAUCGGCUGUCCUAACAUUAACCACUCAAGGUCAGUGCCUAACCCCAACCAAUCAAGGUGCUUUGCCGGGCAGGACUUACUUAAAAGUUACAUGGGAUCCAUAAUAACGCGUCAGAGGUCCUGUGUGUGACGGGAACGAACUGAUCUGGACCCGGACUAAGAAAAAACUGAGUUUAAAAGCUUUUACUUUAGUUUGUCAUCCAGCUCUGAUAUGAUGCAGUUUGAUUAUACAUUUGUUGUACAAUUGAUCAAUAGCUGCCAACCUUUAACCAGAACGGUUCCAACCAGAGACUUUAAUGCGGCUCCUUGCAUGUCUGAAUUAAUGUUGUAUUGUUUCCUUGAGAUUCGUAGAAAUUGUUUAAAGCCCCACAAGGGUUUAAAUGCUGUUUCAAAGGCUUUUGCACUCUGACAAGAAUCACAUUAUGGAUGGAAUACAGAAUAAUCUUCUGUAAAAAAAAAAAUAAAAUAAAGAAUAUUGGAGAUCACCUGCUUUAAUCCAUAAGUAUCCAAACAAGGGACACAGUAGGGAAAAUUCCCAAUGGCAACAUUGUGAUCCAUCACAUCAUUUGCUGUGAUGGAUCAGACAUCUACACUGUAUUGAAUAUGACCUUUGGUCAUUAUUUUUUAUAUAAACUGUAAGCAAAUAUCCACGUGGUGAACUCUAUUUUUUUCAUUUGCAUGCAGUCUUAGCAGGCACUUGGGCAUUGUGGCAGUUACCGGGUUUUACCAAGUGACCCAUCCAUGCAAUUAGUGUAUAUGGAACAUAACGUGAAUCUUUAAUUGAAGUUUAGAGGAAAGAUUGCAUAAUGGGGCUGGGCAAUAUGAAAAAAAUCAGAUAUUACUAUAAAUACAUUAAUAGUGUGACGUUAUUGUAGGGUUGACAAUUGGUGUUUUUACAAAAUAUUUUGCACAAUAAUCAUCAGUAAUGUGGUUUCAAGGGAAGUUAUACUAAAAAAAAUAACACUAUGUUUACAUGCAUGCACAAAAAUAAUGCAGUUCUUCAAAUGAUAUUCCAUCAAAAGGUUUUACAGCAGAUCUUCUGA